GAGGGGGACGUGUUAUAACAACCCACGACACAGCCAGGACGAGGUCAUUCAUCAACAACUUCGACACUCUCUCUUCAUCUCCCAUCGAUCGCCUCUUCUCUCUCCUCUCUAUUCUACUCGACUCGACUCUACAUAUUACAAGCUACGAACUACCAUCUACCGUCCUCUACGUGACCUCGACCUCCUUCAAACGACACCUCUACACAUCAAACCUACACACGAAAAAGCAAGAAAAACAACUCUUUUCAAGAUGUUCAUGCCUACCCUUGCCACCCUCGCCGCCUUCACCCCCCUCUUGACCCGGGUCAACGGACAGGUCACCGCGACCGGUCCUAACGGUCCUACCAACCCGUCCGCUCCUUCUUUCGCCCAGGUCGGAAGCAAGGUCGACCAGACGAGCAUGAGCAGGUUGAUCAGUCUUAACAGCGUCAACGACUUCUGCGUCUUCGGUCCUCCUACCAACGACAACGAGCCCAUCGGGAACAUCGAGGAAAAGGUCGUCGCCUACUGUUCGCAGCCCAGGAACGGGGCCAGGAUCAUCCCUGACGGAGCCUUGAAGUCUGCUCACUACGUCAAGACCCCCCUGUACGUCCAGAUCUCGGGAACUUGGGAUGGUACCGCCGUCGACAUUGCCGCCGGUGACUACGGUGGCGAGUUGGACCCUCACGGUGCUACCGGCGAGGGUAACCCCGUCGGAGGAAACGUCACGUCCAACGUCAGCGGUUCCGACGUCUUUUACGAAGAGUGGAUGAUGUACGUCUCUUCGGACGCGUUCUGUCUGAGGAUCUGUACCGCCGACGACCCCAAGAACAACAUUACCGCUGCUUUGCAGUGUGAGCACGAGCUCGACGUGAUGGGUUGCAACUUCGUCAUGGCCAUCCCUUACAACCUCCCCGAGACUUUCGACGAGUGCGAGGGUGAUGCCGCCGCUCCUCCCGGUCUUUACCCCCAGCCUGACGGAUCGACCUCGACCUUCCGUCAACGAUACACCGGAACCUGGACCCAAGACGCUACCACCACCGGAAUCUUCACCGUCGGAAGGACCGUCACCCCCGAGGCUCCUUUCACCUACCCCGCCACUUCGUCCUGUACCACUUACUCGAGCGUUUCCAACGGGAUCAACACCGCCAACUAUGCCGUCAACACCAUCAUCUCUGAGGGUGUCAUUAUCGGAUCGUCCAACCCCAACCCUUCGGCCGCGACCGGUUCUGGAUCGUUGGCCAUGUCCGGUUCGUCCGCCAUGACCACCGGUGCCUCGUCCGCCGCCACCUCGGGUGCUUCCGCUUCGGGCUCGAUGUCCCGAUCGGGUGCCAUGAUGACCACCGCCAGGACCACCGGUGCCACUAGGGAGACGAGCGCUGGUGCCGCCUCUGCUUCGACCUCGGGUGGAAGCUCGGCCGCCAUCAGGGGAAGCUCGAUCGAUGGCAACGUCUUGGCCGUCGCUGGAAUGACCGUCGCCGGUGCCAUCGCCGGAAUGGCCUUGUUGCUUUAAGCUCCCAAGCUUUGAUGCAAUAAUGCCUGGACCUGGGACUUUACCACGACGACUACGACUACUACGAUUGUUUCUUCCCUAUUUUGGACUCGGACACGAUAGAUACGAGAUGGACGCUGUUCUUUCUUUUUCACACGAUUCUUUCUCGUACUUUAUCAUCUUUUCACUCUCAUCAAGCAUCACAAACAUCACUGCGAUCAUCUGCGAUGAGACAGCUGCUAGGACUACGAUUCGUUAUCAGUAUGACCUCGUUCCGGUCUUGGUCUUGUAGCCGAUGACGGAUCACGAUCAAUCGUAUCGAUCGGAACGGUU